UCAUAUUUGAACUUGACCAAACACAUUGAUACGUUAAAGAACUUUUAAAAUGAUGAUCGGGUUAAAUCAGAAUCAUUAAAUUGUACCAAUUAUUGUAAUUUAAUUGCAAAUAUGAAAACAUCCUGAUUGGUGUGUUUAAAUGAUCCAAUUGUUGAAUAUAUUGUGGCCUUUCAACAGGCUGAAAGGGUCGGAAAAGUAUUCGUCCGAGAAAUGUCAAAAUGGCGUCUUCUCAGGACGCUUGGUAUCUCUCGUUGUUAGGUUUAGCUGAAAACUUUCGGACAUCGAGCCCACCGAAUAUUAAAUCAUGUAUUCAGUGUCUUCAAGCUGUUUUCAAUUUUAAACCACCACCUCGGGUCGAAGCUCGUACUCAUCUACAACUUGGAAAUAUUCUUCUUACUCACACGAAAAAUAUCGAUUUGGCGCGAUCACAUCUAGAACAAGCGUGGCGUUUAAGUCAAAAUAUAAACACGUUUGAUGAUGUUAAAUUUGAAGCAGCAAGUGUGGUAGCUGAAUUGUACGAACAACAGCAACAGCCAAAUUUAAGUAAACCUAUAUUAAGAAAGGCCAUAGAGUUAUCUCAACAUAAUGUUUAUUGGCACUGUAGACUUAUAUUUCAAUUGGCGCAAAUACAUGCAUCUGAAAAAGAUUUCGUCGCAGCAAGUAGUUUGCUGGCCGUUGGUGUUGAUUAUUCGCAUAUUAGUAAUGCGAGUUAUACACGUGUAUUAUUUUUAUUAAGUCGAUGUAUGCUCCUAUUAAUAGACAAGAAAUUUACGGAAGUCCAUGCACUUUUAAAUUCGGCUGGUCACCAUGUUGAAAAUUGGCAAGGAAGCCCACACCAAAAAGAAUACUUAAAAGUAUAUUAUUUGGUGCUCCAAGUUUGUCAUUUUCUUAUGGCUGGUCAGGUAAAUAGUGUGAAACCUUGUUUAAAACAACUGCAACAAAGUAUACAAACGAUCAUGUCUCCUAAUUGGCCAACAGAUGAUGUAGUUACGGGUUCUAAUAUAGGAGAUAUGUUCAUAUGGAUGCCAAAGGAUCAUUUAUAUGUUUUGGUUUAUCUUGUAACUGUUAUGCAUUCAAUGCAAGCUGGUUAUAUGGAUGAAGCACAAAAAUACACAAAUAAGGCUCUUACCCAAAUUGAAAAAUUAAAAAUCGUUGAUAAUAAACCGAUACUCUCUGUCUUUCAACUCAUGCUAUUAGAACAUAUAGUUAUGUGCCGCCUUGUCAUGGGAAAUAAAAGUGUGGCACUUGCAGAAAUAGCUCAGGCAUGUCAACUUUGUAGGCGGCAACCAAGAUUAUUACAAGGCCAUCGGCCUCAACUGCAUGCUCUUUUGGGAUUAUAUGCGAUGUCUAUGAAUUGUAUGGAAGCUGCUGAGGCUCAGUUUACAGCUGCUCUUAGGACAUCCCAAGAACGAGAACUUUGGACGUUUGCAAAUUUAAAUUUGGCCAUAGUAUAUCUUAGAACAAAAAGAGAUGCAGAGUUGGGUGCAUUAAUGGAAAGAAUAAAUCCAGAGUCUUUACCAUCACAUUCGCAUUCCUUGAGAGCAGCAGCAUACUAUGUUCAAGGUCUCCAAGCUUUUUUUGGAGCUAGACAUAAUGAAGCCAAGAGAUAUCUUAGAGAAACAUUAAUAAUGGCAAGCUCAGAGGAUUUAAAUAGAUUAACUUCUUGUAGUCUCGUUUUGUUAGGACAUAUAUUUCUUUCAUUAGGAAAUAGCAGAGAAUCUAUGAAUAUGGUUACACCUGCCAUGCAACUUGCUUCCAAAAUACCAGAUGUACACGUACAACUAUGGGCUACUGCUAUCCUGAAAGAUUUGUAUAGAAUUUGUGGAGAUCCUAAUCGUGAAAGUGAGGCAUAUCAAAUGCAUUGUACAUUUUCUCAAACGCUCUUAAAGGAUCAUUUUCAAAGUACACAAAUGAGUGAACAUGCUCUUAUACAAUGGAUAGAUGGUCCUAUACCUGUUUUGCCAAAUGACCCACCACCUUCCACAUCUCAAACAAUUCUUCAAUAAAAUUAAAAAAUACCAAUUUUGCUUAUUUACUUAAAGUAAAUGGUUGUUAAAUUGUGAAAGUAUAUAUAUCAGAUUUGCGUGACAGUGCCGUUGAAUGAUCACGCAAAAACGGGAAAAAAACUAAUAGUGCAAAACUUAAUACAUAAAAAGGUUAACAUGAUAACAUCAUACCAAAGUAAAGUAAGUCAAGAUAAUGACAAUGAUAGGAAAUGAUAAUAUUGAAGAUAAUCAAUAAUUGAUCAUAAUUGUGAUUACCAGAAUGACUGAUGAAUGUUCUCUGUAUUAGUUUUAUUCAAAAUGAGAUACAACUUAUUUUAUAUAAUGCUAAAAUGUACAGUGAAUUUUAACACUUCAAGAUAAAUAUUUUAAUAAAUUUGUAAUAGCACAGAGAGAAUUUUAUAAAAUAAGGGAGUAAUAUAUUAACUAACCUCAUUUGCAAUUAAUUUCAUUUUUUAUUAUAAAUUGAACCGAAGAACAUUUAUUUAAUUUUCAAACGCUUUUCUGAAAUUAUCUAUUUUGCAGUUUUGUCCACUACUAAAUAUGUGAUUUCAUCUUCAUUUUUUUCAGUCUGUAUUUUUUUUUUUUUAACAUACCAUGUAUUUGAUACAUAUCAACAUUAUAAAAUUUUACAUGGUGUGAUCAAUAGUUGGCAAGAUGACAAUAAUGUAUUUUGUUGUAAUCUAUUCUGAUAUGUUUAUCAAAGUAGCCAUUAAAAAUAUAGGCUGUGGUGCAAAUGGAUGGUUAAGAUAUAGUCACCGAUGCAUUUUUAUAAAUUGGAAUGUAGUUAUACAUGGUAUAACAGUACCUGCAAAAUAUUUUGUAAAAAAUGUUAUAGUACUUAUAGCAUAUAUUAAAUGCGUAUAAGCGCGCGUGUUUCCUGUGUGGUAGUUUUUGCUUGAUAUGAGUCCAUAUAUGUAUGUAAGGUAAAUAUUACUGCACAUAAUAUGAUAGAAAAUUGAUAUAUAUAUUCGAUUGAUAUAUAUAUAUAUAUAUAUAUAUAUAUAUAUAUAUGUAUAUGUAUAUGUAUAUAUAUAUAUAUAUAUAUAUAUAUAUAUAUAUAUAUAUAUGAUAUAUAUCGAUGUGCAAAUAUAAAUUUUUGGAUUAUAGUCAUUCUUUUUACUCAAAAAUUAAAUUAAAAUGUUUAAUCGAUAAUAAUUGCUUUAUAUUUAGAUCAAAUAUGCUAUAGUAUAGAAAUAUGCAAAUGAGUAUUAUAAUAGUACAAUAGAUUAAGGGAGUAGGUUAUUAGAGGCAAGAUUAUAAAUUAAAAAUAAACUUGAUCGAUGCUAAUACAAGCAAUACAUAAAAAACAUAGUAUAUGGGGCCUUAGUAGACUAUAAGAAGUGAUAAAUUUUGCCUAAAACUACUUACUCCAAUAAAUUAAAUGUUUUUCAUGUAUAUAUAUACUCGAAAUUACAAAGUUAUAUAUAAUAUGCUAUAUAAAAAAAAUAUGGUUGAAACCAUGAACUAGUAACAUUAUGUAAAAAUAUUUCUUUGUCUUAAUGUAAUUAAAAUGUAAACAAAUAAGUUGUUUACUA